ACCCCAUCUACAACACAAUUAUUUUUCUCUACUCCCACCAACUCCUCCAUAGCACAUUGCUGAGUGCUGACCUCCACCUCAAUUAAUUAUAUUCCCAGCCAUCGAUCACAUCAAGCUCCUCGCCCAUCAUCGGCGCUCAACCGCAAGCCCAAGAUGCUUUUCACCCGCCGGAAGUCGCCGCCGCUCUACAGGUCGUCGGAGCCCCUCGUCGCCAAGCAAGCUGCCCCCUUGUCCUCAAGCCGCAAGCACAGCAGUCUUCUCUCCAUAUUCGCCGUCGUCCUCUCCGCCCUACUCCUCGCUACUUUCAUCUACAACAUACAGCCCGCCAAGUCAACCCAAGACCUCCCCGUUGACCUUCCCACCCCAACCCAAGCUCACACAGCGAACACCAGCAUAAUUGCCAAGACGCCCGCGGCGGCGGAGGUGGUUGAGAAGAAUUUUGUGGGCGUGCCGGCGAGCUGCGACCUCUUCUCCGGCGAGUGGGUGUACGAUAACGUCACGCGGCCAUUUUACAGAGAAGAAGCGUGUGAGUUUCUCACCGCUCAGGUGACGUGCAUGCGCAACGGCCGCGCUGAUGAUAGUUACCAGAACUGGCGGUGGCAGCCUCGGGACUGCACUAUUCCCGAGUUCGACGCAAGGCUAAUGCUGGAGAAGCUGAGAGGAAAGCGGCUCAUGUUCGUUGGUGACUCGUUGAACCGGAAUCAGUGGGAAUCCAUGGUCUGCCUGGUUCAGUCCGUAAUCCCUCCGGGGAAGAAAACCCUAAUAAAAAAUGGUUCCUUCAACAUUUUUCGAGCUGAGGAUUAUGAUGCCACAGUAGAGUUCUAUUGGGCGCCAUUUCUUGUGGAGUCUAACUCAGAUGAUCCAACUAAGCACAGUAUUCUUGAACGGAUCAUCAUGCCGGAGUCCAUUGAAAAACAUGGCAAGAAUUGGUUAGGAGUGGACUUCCUCAUCUUCAACACCUAUAUUUGGUGGAUGAACACAAUCACCAUGAAAGUCUUGAGGGGGUCUUUUGAUGGGGGAUCGACGGAAUAUGAAGAGAUAGAUCGGCCGGUGGCGUAUGAGAGAGUGCUUAGAACUUGGGCAAAGUGGGUGGAUGAGAACGUGGAUCCCAAGCAGACCAUGGUGUUCUUCAUGAGCAUGUCUCCUCUCCACAUCAAGAGUGAGGACUGGGACAACCCCAAAGGCAUCAAGUGCGCACUGGAGACAAUGCCGGUGCUUAAUCGAAGACAGCCGCUAUUCGUGGGGACGGAUUGGCGGCUGUUCUAUGCGGCAGCGAAGACGAUCGGUUCUAUGCGGUCGGCGGUGGGCCUCGUCAACAUCACAGCCUUAUCGGAGCUUCGCAAGGACGCACACACCUCCGUCCACACAAUCCGACAAGGGAAGAUGCUAACGCCGAAGCAGCAGGCCGAACCAGCCCUCUACGCCGACUGCAUCCACUGGUGCUUACCGGGCCUCCCGGAUACGUGGAACCAUUUCCUCUAUGCUCGCAUUAUUUCUGGAAGCUUCUCGAAGAUCUCCACUCUUAAUGUGGAGCAGGUUCUAGGUUGUGAUGUUGGUAAUCUUGAGGAUGCUGUUAUUGUUUUGUCCUCUGAUGUCUUAUCGUUUGUACCACCUAUUCAUGACUUGGGAUCUCUAGAGUCGAUUUCUCCUGCCCCUUUGCAUAUUAAUUCGUUGAAUAGUUUGGUUUCUGUUGAUGAGGUUGGUGCCGCUGUGUCUUAUGUGAAAGUUACUGAGGAUGUUGUGGAUGGGGUCUUACCUUCUAUUCAGGACCCUCGGGCUUGUGCUAGUGUUGGUGGUCAUUUUGGUUGUGCUGUUAAUUCUUGUCUCGUGUUGUCUGAGGUGGGUAUUGUGUCUGCCUCGUGCUUUUUGUCUGGUAAAACUGUGCCUAGUGUGGCUGUGGAGAAUUCGGGUGAGUCUGGCAUCCCUAAUGUUUCUUCCCCUGGUAAUUUGGGUGGGGUUCACUUGGAUACACCUUCGGGUGUGGCUUUGGCUGCUCAUGUGGGUGCCAAUUUGGGGGGGAGUAUUAGGUUGAAACUUGAUUGGAUUCAAUGCUCAUCCAAUUCCUCUUCGGAGACUAGCGUGGAUGAUGAACUUGGGGUUGAUUUUACUUUGAGUGAGGACUGGGACAACCCCAAAGGCAUCAAGUGCGCACUGGAGACAAUGCCGGUGCUUAAUCGAAGACAGCCGCUACUCGUGGGGACGGAUUGGCGGCUAUUCUAUGCGGCAGCGAAGACGAUCGGUUCUAUGCGGUCGACGGUGGGCCUCGUCAACAUCACAGCCUUAUCGGAGCUUCGCAAGGACGCACACACCUCCGUCCACACAAUCCGACAAGGGAAGAUGCUAACGCCGAAGCAGCAGGCCGAACCAGCCCUCUACGCCGACUGCAUCCACUGGUGCUUACCGGGCCUCCCGGAUACGUGGAACCAUUUCCUCUAUGCUCGCAUUAUUUCUGGAAGCUUCUCGAAGAUCUCCACUCUUUAGAAGUAUUAUUGGUUCUCUGUAAUUUUUUGUUUUUGAUUUUUGCUUGGGCGAAUCCGACGGUGGAGAGGCUUCCGAUUUGAUCAGAUGGGUAAAGUUUUUGGACCUAAGCUAGAGCUCUAGUGGGGGUCAUCCGGACUUGAUCAAUAGUAUAUAGCUAGUUUUAUGAGAGAUUUAUGUGU